AUGAGAAAUCAGAACUUUUACUCUCCUUCUAGCGAGGACAUGCCAGCGCCUGUAAAAUUUCCUCGGCGCAUAUCGUCCUUGCGCAACAAGCGGCCACUACCUCAUAUCGUCACCACUAUUGAGCCUGGGUACAACAGACAAUUAUUCACACUCCACGAAUGCGCCGACGAUGCUUCUCGGUCUUACCAUAAGCAAAGCUUUUCACUGAGUUCAUCGCGGACGCCUACGACUCCUGGUCACAUCGACUCGCCAUUCAGUGAUGUAGCGCCUACACUGCGCAUGUUUUCAACAUCAUAUGUCAUGACGAAACCGCUAGAGAACUCUGGAAGCUAUUUCCAGAGAAAUAUCAACGAUCAACCUGAAGUACCAGAACCCAGCCAACAGAAGCCGCAAGGAAAAGUCCAAAAUUGGCUUUCUAAGCUUCCCAAUCGAAGGGAACCGCCCUUUGAGGAGAGGGAGAGAGACGACGAAGUGUGCGGAAUAUCGAAGCCUAGACAGCCAUGCGCUGUUGUCGAGGCUUCUACAACGCCUGGAGCUCAGAAGCAAUUUCUGGAUCUGGAAGACGACGAGUCUGAAAGCUCCCAUUCCGAGGAUACGGGAGACCUUGACGGCUACCACGAGGCUCUGUUCAGAUUAUCGGGCACAAGAAAUGAUUGCAGGCCAACAUUUCGAGCAUCGAUGCGACGACAAUUUCCAAUUGAUCGGGAAAGAGAAGCUCAUCUAAAGAUGUUUUGA